AUUUGUAGGCCCCUCUCUCUUUUGGCUAGCUAGUUAGAGAUCAUUGGUAUGGCCGACCACAUGGAGCUCUCUGUGGAGAGCGGCGGCGGUGGCAGGCCCCCGCCUAGGCCGCAAAUCAGCCUUGUGGGACUGUUCUUGGCGUGCAUGGUCGCUGGCGGUGUGCAGUACGGCUGGGCGCUGCAGCUCUCCCUCCUCACUCCCUACGUCCAGACAUUGGGAAUACCUCACGCUCUUACUUCAGUUAUGUGGCUUUGUGGACCUAUUGCUGGAUUAAUUGUGCAACCAUGUGUGGGUCUCUCUAGUGACAAGUGUGCUUCACCCCUAGGGAGGCGGAGACCGUUUAUCCUUUCAGGAUGCAUCGUCAUCUCCAUAUCGGUUGUAAUUGUUGGGUUCUCUUCGGACAUUGGGUACGCACUCGGCGACACAAAGGAAGAUUGCAAAGAUUACACUGGGCCUCGGUACCGUGCGGCCGCCGCUUUCAUUUUGGGAUUUUGGCUACUCGACUUCUCCAAUAACACAGUUCAAGGUCCAGCACGCGCGUUGAUGGCCGAUUUAUCAGGUAAACACGGACCGAGUGCAGCCAACGCGAUCUUCGUCUCUUGGAUGGCUAUAGGAAACGUCCUGGGAUACUCCUCUGGCUCCACCGACAAAUGGCACGAGUGGUUUCCCGCGCUCCGAACAAGAGCAUGUUGUGAAGCCUGUGCGAACCUCAAGGCCGCCUUCUUGGUCGCAGUGAUAUUCCUGGGUUUUUCUACGAUGGUAACAAUGAUCUUUGCAAAGGAGACGCCGUUGGACCCUGAGCUGGCGAAGCAGGGCGAAGGGGAGGCGACGGGCCCGCUUGCUGUAAUCAAGGGCUUAAAGAACCUGCCGACCGGCAUGCCACAGGUGCUCAUUGUGACCGGCCUCACGUGGUUGUCAUGGUUCCCCUUCAUCCUCUUUGACACGGAUUGGAUGGGCCGCGAGAUAUACCACGGCAGGCCGGACGGGAGCCCCGCGGAGAUCGCCGCCUUCCAAGAGGGUGUCCGGCAGGGUGCCUUCGGCUUGCUUCUCAACUCUGUGCUUCUCGGGAUAAGCUCCUUCAUGAUCGAGCCCAUGUGUCGGAAGCUCGGACCAAGGACCGUGUGGGUCGCUAGUCAGGUCCUCGUGUGCAUCGCAAUGGCGCUGGUCGCCAUCCUUGGCGCAUGGUCGCUCGGCGACUUCGGCGGCAACGUGCAAGACGUCGCGGCAACGGAAAAGGGCCUCAAGACAUCAGCCCUCGUCCUUUUCGUCUUCCUCGGACUUCCCUUUGCAGUUCUAUGCAGUGUUCCGUUCGCUGUGACGGCACAACUUGCCGCCAGCAAAGGUGGUGGACAAGGACUGUGCACGGGGAUCCUGAAUAUCGCCAUCGUGACGCCCCAGAUGAUCGUCGCCAUCGGCGCUGGACCGUGGGACGAGCUGUUCGGGAAGGGAAACAUCCCAGCGUUUGCCCUGGCCUCUGUGUUCGCCUUCACCUCCGCCGUGGCCGGAACAAUCAUGCUACCCAAGAUGUCAAAAAGCAGCUUCCGAUCCGUCAGCAUGGGCGGGGGCCACUGAUUCCGCGUAUCUGGAACCAUCCGUUCCUAUAGCUUGUGAUUCGUACGUUGGGUAUGUUGUGCCGGUAGUUUGUUUUCUCUUUUUUUUUUUUUUUUGAGAAAUGUUUGGCCUGUAGUUGACUGACGUCAAUCUUGAGUGAUUUUGUUCAAUGGAAUGGACUUCAUCCCAUUAGUUUUAGGUUAGUCGGUUAUGCAUUAGCCCGGUACUAGUCGAUUUAUUUCUUUGGUGAUGCUUGUUUUUUUGUUUUUUUUUUUUUUUUUUUUCGGGAAGAUGCUUGUUGUAGCUUGGGUCACUAUUCCUCUUGUUUUCUUGAGACAUUCAUUUUCAUUUUUCUGGCAAUUGCGAAGGCCAUUUUAGAGUCCAGUGUUUGUUUUCAUUGUUUUGAUCGUCCAAGUGGUCCGAGUAUAUAUUUUUUAGUAUACCAUCCUUUUUUUCCUUUCUGUGCAUGUCACUAUUUACUACUUCCUGUGUUUUACAAUAAGUAUAAAUUUACAACUAAAUUAGUAUAAAUUUUAUACUAAAUGAGCAACAUUUAUUUUAGAACGGAGGGAGUGAUUUUG